CAGGGUUUACAGCCUAUCACGUCCGCCCAAUUAAAAUACUAACCCCCCCCCUUUGUUGACAUCUCCCAUUACUCUGAAUUUGAUGACCAUUCCUCCUAAUUUCUUUCCUCCUUCUUUGGUCUGUGUUCCUAUGCUUUUACACAUUGACUCAAGCAAUAAAGCCACAUACUGACAACCCCUGGGCAUAAGCAAGCUCUAUAUUUGCUGAAGCAUGCGUCCAUUUCAACUGUCAGCCAAACUGUUUUUGUGCAUUCUAACCAUGAGUCAUUCUAAAGAUAAGCUGUUAAGCAAGUCUGUGGUUAGCCUGACCAUAUUACCACAUUCCUAAACUAUUUGUUUUCUUCUCAGCUGAGAGAUUAAGUGGGUUGGCCAAGGAUGUCCUCUUGCAGGUGACACAGACUGUUCUUGUAUAAAAGCCACCAGCAUUGUCUAAGGCGAAGUCCUUGUCUCUGUGCCUCUGAGUUGAAGGGAAAUGGCAUUUGGUGGAACUCUGUGGAUGCUGAUAUUAUAUAUGACCAUCUUCAUUCAUCUCUUGCUGUUAGUGUGGGGAGUUUCUUAUGCUCUUGCCAGGACCCACGUGCCUCGAGGAAUGAGCCGUCCUGCACCAUUGAUAAUUUUAAAUCUCUUAGUGAGAUAUGGAUUUGUACUGGGAGGAAUUCUGCAAAAACUGGGCAUCUGCCAUAGAUAUUCCAUACUCAGGAUCCUAAACCUAUUAAUUCCAGAAGUGAAGGACCCAAAAAUGAUCACAAGGGAUCUGGUUUUUGAUGGGGUGCCUGUGAGGCUGUACUGGCCCAAGACACCACCUGCUGGGAACAGGAAAGGAAUCAUCUUUCUUCAUGGAGGGGUUGCACUAUUUGCAAGCAUCCGAACUUCUGCAAGGAUCUGCCAUUCGCUUGCCCACGGAACCGACUCAGUGGUUAUGUGUGUUGAAUUUCGUUUAGCUCCUAAGCAUCCGUAUCCAGUCCCUGUAGAGGACUGUUUAACUGCUGUAAUACACUUUCUGAAGAAUGCAGAGGAAUACGGAGUGGACCCCAGCUGCAUUGCCAUUGUUGGGGAGAGUAGUGGAGGCACUUUUGCUGCAGCCAUUUGCCAAGAACUGGUGACCAGAGAGGACCUCCCAAGAGUGCGAGCUCAGGUCCUGAUCUACCCAUUCCUCCAAGCAAUGGACUUCAAUUUGCCCUCCUAUCAGCAAAACCAAUCAGUUCCUCCCUUGUUCAGGAAACGAGGUAUUAAACUCGCUUUGACAUAUCUCACUGGGAAGACAAUGAAUGUAGAUGGAAUUCUGAAAGGCGCCCAUGUCCCUCCUGAUUUGAGAGAGAAAUACCGAAAAUGGAUAAGUGCUGAUAACAUUCCGGAAGAAUUUAAAGCUAGGGGCUAUGUUCCUGUAGCACCUGCCCCAUUUUCAAAAGAACUUUAUGAACAAGUUAAAAGAGGUGCUGAGGCAAUGUUUGCACCCCUUCACGCAGAGGAUGACAUAAUCCGCCAGCUCCCAGAGACUUUCAUUCUAACCUGUGAAUAUGAUUUUCUCCGGGAUGAUGGGCUGUUGUACAAGAAGCGGCUAGAGGACCACGGUGUGCCAGUGACAUGGUAUCAUGUUCAAGAUGGAUUUCAUGGAAUAAUGGCCAUGGCUGGUUUGAAGGCAAUUGAAUAUCCGAGCACACAGAAAUGUUUGCAGAAUGUAAUACAGUUCUUAAAAGGUUUAUAGAAAUGAAUGACAUUCUUUGUCUUCCUAUGGCAGUCUUCCCCUUCUGUGGAGGGAAAUAUCGUUCCUCAUUGUGCCAAUCCUGAAGUAAAAAGAAAAACUCUGAUCAAAAAUUCCACUCUGUUUAAUUUAUUAAAAUCACCAUGGACUCUAUAAAUACAUAAGCAAAGCCCUACUGGAUCAAGCCAUUGGCUCACUUCAUGCAGCAUCUUGUUCUCUUUAUGUUACAUAUUUUAUAAUUUAAUUUUCAUACAAUUUAACAAAUUCAAUUCAGUUUCAAUACAAUAUUCCCUCAACAUUUUGACUCCUCAUCCUUACUUCCAUGAUGUUUCUGUUCAAAUCCUUUGUCUACUAAAUGUAAUACUCAUUUCUAUAACAAAUAUCCAACAUUAGAUUCCUUUAUCA